AUGUCUUAUACCAUCCUCCAUGACACCGGCUUAGCUGCCGUUGCCGAUCGCGACAAAGUCACCAUCUACGUCCAACUUUCCAAUGGCUCGUUGGGCGAGGCAACUUCCUCUCCCAACGGAAACUGGAACGUAUCCCCGAUCCAGAUCCCGAACGCACCGGCUCCAAAGCUCUACACGCCGCUAGUAGUUCUCAUUGGCAAGAACCAACAGAGACACCUCUUCUACAUCGAAGGCAACAACUACCUCAGCGAGGCCGUCUACAAGGACAAAGACAGCGGGUGGUCUAUCGGCACCCUAAGGACCCUGGGAAUCAUCCCGGCCCAAUACUCCAAGAUUGCUGCCGCAAAGCCCUUCGAGGGCAAUGACCAGAUCUGCGUCUUCUACCAGGUUCCGAACAUGAGCGGCGCUAUCCGCCAGGUCACAUGGAACGGAACCUGGUGGACACAGGACACUCGCGACCUGGGCGACGAUGUCCUCACGGGCACUGGCCUCGCCGCUGUCGGCGCCGAACUAGGGACCAACAUCUCCAAUACCAAAACCGAGAACCCGCCCGUGGUUUUCUUCCAGCAGAGCAACUUGGAUCUGGCGUGGCUGCAGGAUACCUCAACUCGUAAAAUCAACGACGUGGACCCGACAGCCUCGCCGCAUACCCCUCUGGCUGCUACCGGCCCGCGAAAUGAGAACCUAGACAUUGGUUCGGAUCUGUUCUACACCUCUGACCAAAAUGUAAUUCAGUCCCUUGCUGUUGACGAGCUUGGUAAGAAAUAUGGCAUUGAUGAAGUCACUGCCACCACUCCCAAGGGGAAUCUUGCUGCCGUUGUGGCCAAGAAACGCGUCGGAACUAGGAACGUUGACCAGGUUAUUGUCAUCUAUCAGGGCCCUGGGACUGAACCACAGAGUCAGUCUGUUCCUGAUGGUUCCACUAAACGCGAUACUGGGGCUUGUCUUUAUCAGACUAGUUAUAUUGUGACGAAGGCGGAUGAGGGGGGAAAGCUGGCGAGGUCCGAGUUUGAGCAUGCGCUGUUGAGGUUUGAGUAG